GGCUACUUCCUGGUGAAAGUUAUGGUAUGCGACGCCGAAGGAGAGCCGGGUGAAGGCGUCGAUGAGUUCACCAUGGUGAACGAUUUCAGCGACUCAAAGGAGGCAGAGAACUCCGCCACGGAGAGCACACAUGUCGAGGACAGGUGCCGCGGCUACUACGACGUCAUGGGUCAGUGGGACCCGCCGUUCGUGUGCCAGACGGACACUUAUCUGUACUGCUGCGGCACCUGUGGGUUCAGGUUCUGCUGUGCGUUCAAAAGCUCCAGGCUGGACCAGACCACCUGUAAGAACUACGACACCCCGCCGUGGAUGAUGACGGGCAAACCCCCGGCCAAAGUGGACGUGGCGCUGGACUCGACCAAGGAUAAAACCAACCUCAUUGUGUACGUUAUCUGCGGGGUCGUAGCCAUCGUGGCACUGAUAGGGAUUUUUACGAAGCUCGGUUUGGAAAAGACGCAUCGUCCACACAGAGAGAAUAUGUCAAGGGCUAUUGCACAUGUCAUUCGCCACCCUGCGUCCGAGCACGGAGAAGACAUCGGAUAUGGCCAGCACUACGAAAACAUACAAACCAGAGUCACGGUAAACAGUCUCCAUAGCAGCCAUAUGAACAACAUUGUCCAAACAUCCACUCUGGUAACUCGGCCAUAUCCAGAUGUGGAACAGAUCACUAGCCCCUAUGAGCAAGAGAAGCCUGUCAAGGAGCUCAACAAGUACGCCACGCUCAAGGCUGUGGCAGAGAAAGCCAACAAUGGUUUCCACAGCAGCCAACGACAACUGAUGGAGAUGUCAAUCAAGGGCACCCUUCCGAUGGAAGCAGUGGAGGCGGAGCCAGAGCCGAGCAAUCCUUACAGCCCGGCUAAGCAGCCGCCCACCAAACACAACGAACCCACAUUUCAAAGUCAAAUGAGUCACAGCUCCCAGUCGUUGUACUACAGCCCCAGCAGUGUCGCCAGCCCAGGGGCGCGGCGGUCCUUCGACAGCAAAGACAUGCUCGGGCUACGACAGAGCUACGUCCCGAGAAAACUCUGCGUCAUUGAAAAGGAGCUGCACACCACUCGCUAUCUGCCUCCGCAACCAUACUUUGUCACCAACAGCAAGACAGAAGUGACAGUAUGAGGGACUGUCUGCACACGAAUGCUAAUGAUAAUGAUAAUAACGCAGCAUGGACAGCUUCAGUUGUGGAUGUAUCGUGAAGCAUUUAGAAUCCAGACCACCUACUGGUAAGCUGGGGUCUAACAGGACUUAUUAGCCAUCACUGUACCUAAAGAUGAUGGAGUAAGUACAUACAGUAUUGUAAUCAGCACUAAGGUUAAUGCUUAAACAUAACAAUAACGCUUAACAAAUUAUUAAUAUCAGUGAUUAGACCUGCAUUACACUCUAAUCAGCUCUCAAUACUAAUUCAAUGCAUAUUUGUCCGUUAUUUCUGUUAUAAAUUACAGUAACAGAAAAGCUGAUACACUUUAUUAAGGCAGUCAAAAUUAAAAUCUUUUAAACCGAUAUUGCAUCUGGUCACAGCACUCUAAUCUACGGCGGCACAGUGGUUGAGAAUGACUGAUUUACGGUCUAUUUCGAUUACCUACGGCUCUGGACUCCCUGCACCAUUACUUUGAAGCGCUUUAAUGCAGCAGCAGCAGCACAGUGUAGUCAACAAACAACAAUCACCAAAGCAUGGCUGGUCCUAAUGCAACACCAACUAAAGGUUGAAGGUCAGGGGCAUUGAGCAGCGCUCUGACCUUUUUGCUUAAAGGUUAACUGCUGACUCCCCUACUCUCUGAACAAUUGUUCUCAGAAUUAACCGUCCUCAUUUGGUUAAGGUUUUAUCGGAUAGAUCACUGGAAGUUUGAGAGGUAAAGACAGCAGAAUGUCCUUCCAAACUACACAUUUUAAUUUAAGUGUACCAGCUUUUCUGAAAGUUUUUAAAUCAGUCAACGACAACAAAAAAAUCAAACUUGUAAUAAACCCAUGUGGGUCUGUGUAUGGAUAAUUGCUUUUUCAAAAUAUAUAACGUGUAGAUAUUGUUCAUGUGUGACCCCUAAACUGGUUUUAGAAUAAGGAGUAGAAAUAACAACACAGCGCACCUUUGUCUUGGUAAAUCCGUGGCUUUGAAUCAACCGAACCUUUUCAAACUAUUGUAUGAAAAUGUUUUCUAAUUUAUGUUCAGGAAUAUUAGGCUGGUAUUUUUAGUCUGUGACGCAGUUUUUGUCAAUGUAAACCUAGCUGUCUUAAUUAGGAAUGAGAAAAAAUAAAGGUUUGUACUUGGUGGUUGAACUGUAGUAUUAAACAGUAUUUAUAUUAAAAAGGGUCGCCCUCAGCCCAGUUGAGUUCGAGACCCCUGGUCUUACCCCUACUUCCUAGGACUAAAAACAAUUCAUGGUAUUUUUAUUUAAUCAGCCUCUUCUGCCUGCACAUCCUGUGUACAAUACAAAUAUCGUCUGAUUUAAAGUUUUCUUUUAGAAAUGUUGCUAAAACUGAGUGCUACUUCAAGGGCACCUAGAAAUACUAACAAUGUAAUAAUAAUCAGUUCUGUGACAUACAAUAAUAGACA